GUGCAGGCUGCCGGGAAGGAGUCCUGCCAGUCCUGGGCCCUUAGAGGAAGGUGAGACCUGGUGGCUCUUGCUCCACCGUCUGAGCCCCUGGCCUGGGCGCUGUCCUGAGUCCCCCUGUUGAGACAGGUCCCCCCGCCCCCGCCUCCCACCAUGGCUCAUUCCUCGUUCAGCGGCGCGCCCCGGUUCCUGACCCGGCCCAAGGCCUUCGUGGUGUCGGUGGGUAAGGACGCCACGCUGAGCUGCCAGAUCGUGGGCAACCCCACGCCGCAGGUGAGCUGGGAGAAGGACCGGCGGCCGGUGGAGGCCGGCGCCCGCUUCCGCCUGGCCCAGGACGAGGACCAGUACCGCCUCACCAUCCUGGACCUGGCGCUGGGCGACAGCGGCCAGUACGUGUGCCGCGCGCGCAACGCCGUGGGCGAGGCCUUCGCCGCCGUGGGGCUGCAGGUGGACGCCGAGGCCGCGAUCGCCGAGCAGGCGCCCCACUUCCUGCUGCGCCCCACGUCCAUCCGCGUGCGCGAGGGCGCCGAGGCCACCUUCCGCUGCCGCGUGCGCGGCUCGCCGCCGCUGGCCGUGAGCUGGGACAAGGACGGCCGCCGCCUGGGCCCGCCCGACGCCCCGCGCGUGAGCGUGGAGGCCAGCGGCGAGGCGAGCGCGCUGCGCAUCCGGGCCGCGCGCCCCCGCGACGGCGGCACCUACACCGUGCGCGCCGAGAACCCGCUGGGCGCGGCCAGCGCCGCCGCCGCGUUGACGGUGGACGCGGACACCGACGCCGCGGGCCCGCCCGGCGCCUCCACCGCCGCCCUCCUGGCGCACCUGCAGCGGCGGCGCGAGGCCAUGCGGGCCGAGGGCGCGCCCGCCUCGCCGCCCGGCGCCGGCACCCGCACCUGCACCGUCACCGAGGGCAAGCACGCGCGCCUCAGCUGCUACGUGACCGGCGAGCCCAAGCCCGAGACCGUGUGGAAGAAGGACGGGCAGCCGGUGGCCGAAGGCCGGCGGCACCUGGUGUACGAGGACGCGCAGGAGAACUUCGUGCUCAAGAUCCUCUUCUGCAAGCAGGCGGACCGCGGCUUGUACACCUGCACGGCGUCCAACCUCGUGGGCCAGACCUACAGCUCCGUGCUGGUGGUGGUGCGAGAGCCCACAGUGCCCUUCAGGACGAGGCUGCAGGACCUGGAGGUGCAGGAGAAGGCGUCGGCCACGUUUCAGUGCGAGGUGCCGCUGCCCACCACGGAGGCCGUGUGGUACAAGGAAGAGACGCGGCUGUGGGCCAGCGACAAGUACGCCAUCGAGGAGGCGGGCACGGAGCGCCGGCUCACCGUCCACAACGCUUCCACGGACGAUGACGCGGUGUACAUCUGCGAGAUGGCCGAGGGCAGCCGCACGGUGGCCGAGCUGGCCGUCCAAGGCAACCUCACCCGAAAGCUCCCGAGGAAGACGGUGGUGCGAGUGGGGGACACUGCCCUGUUCUGCGUGGAGCUGGCCAGGCCGGAGGGCCCGGUCCACUGGCUCCGGAACCACGAGGAGGUGGUGGCCGGGGGCCGAGUAGCCAUCACCACUGAGGGCACAUGCCACACGCUGACCAUCUCCCAGUGCAGCCUGGAGGAUGUGGGCGAGGUGGCCUUUGUGGCCGGGGACUGCCGGACGUCCACCCAGUUCCUGGUGUCAGCCCCCAGGAAGCCACCACCGCACACCCCCGAGGCCCCUGUGGUGAAGGCCAAGACAGAGAGUUCCGUGACUCUCAGCUGGUCCCCACCGCCCGCCGGGGAUCGCCCUGUGCCCAUCGAUGGCUACGUGGUGGAGAAGAAGCGAUUGGGCACCUACACCUGGAGCCGGUGCCAUGCGGCCGAGUGGGUGGCCACCCCUGAGCUGACGGUGGACAGUGUGGCUGAGGAGGGGGACUUCCAGUUCCGGGUGUCAGCUGUAAACGGCUUCGGCCAGAGCUGCUACCUCGAGUUCCCGGGGACGGUCCACCUGGCACCCCAGCUGGAGGUGAAGACGCCUCUGAAGGCAGUGGAGACGGUGGAGGGCAGUGAGGUGACCUUCUCUGUGGACCUCACUUCGGUUUCUGCGGGAGAAUGGUUCCUGGAUGGGAAGGCUCUGAAGGCCAGCAACACAUAUGUGAUCCGCUGCGAGGGCACGCGGCACGUCCUCACCAUCCGCUCGGUACCCGCCAGCCUGCAUGGCGCUGAGCUCAAGUUCGUGGCCAAUGGCAUCGAGAACAGCAUCCGCAUGGAGGUCCGAGGGCUGACCACCAAGCGUCCAACGGAAGUUCGGGAGGUGCUGGCCCGGCUACACGAGGAGGCACAGCUCCUGGCGGAGCUGUCAGACCAGGCCACGGCGGUAACGUGGCUCAAGGACGGCCGAGCGCUGCCCCCGGGCCCCAAGUACAAGGUGCAGGCUUCGGCAGGACGGCGGGCACUGCUGGUGCGGGACGUGGCGCGGGACGACGCUGGCCUGUAUGAGUGUGUCAGCCGUGGGGUCCGCAUCGCCUAUCACCUGUCAGUUCAAGCUGCCCUCGCAGGACUCACGCCCUUUCUGCACAAGGACUCGGCGGGCGGCUGCGUGGACGCGGUGGCCGGGGGUCCGGCCCGCUUUGAGUGCGAGACCGCGGAGGCCCACGUGCCCGUGCGCUGGUUCAAGGACGGCUUGGAGCUGGGCCGCUCCUGCUCCCACUUCUCGCAGGAGGAUGUGGGCACGCGGCAUCGACUGGUGGCCAGCUCAGUCACCAGGCAAGACGAGGGCACCUAUUCGUGCCGUGUGGGCGAGCACUCAGUGGAUUUCCAGCUGCGUGUCUCUGAGCCCACAGCGGUGUUUGCCAAGGAGCAGUCUGCACACAGCGAGGUGAAGGCCAUGGCCGGGGCCAGAGCCACGCUGAGCUGCGAGGUGGCCCAGGCCCAGACGGAGGUGACGUGGUACAAGGAUGGCAAGAAGCUGAGUGGGAGCUCAAAAGUGCAUGUGGAGGCCACGGGCUGCACCCGGCGGCUGGUGCUGCAGCAGGCGGCCAAGGGGGACAGCGGGGAGUACAGCUGCGAGGCCGGGGGCCAGAAGGUCACCUUCCAUCUGGAUGUCCCAGAGCCCAAGGUGGUGUUUGCCAAGGAGCAGUCUGCACACAGCGAGGUGAAGGCCAUGGCUGGGGCCAGUGCCACGCUGAGCUGUGAGGUGGCCCAGGCCCAGACGGAGGUGACGUGGUACAAGGAUGGCAAGAAGCUGAGUGGGAGCUCGAAAGUGCGUGUGGAGGCCACGGGCUGCACCCGGCGGCUGGUGCUGCAGCAGGCGGCCAAGGGGGACAGCGGGGAGUACAGCUGCGAGGCCGGGGGCCAGAAGGUCACCUUCCAUCUGGAUGUCCCAGAGCCCACGGUGGUGUUUGCCAAGGAGCAGUCUGCACACAGCGAGGUGAAGGCCAUGGCCGGGGCCAGUGCCACGCUGAGCUGCGCGGUGGCCCAGGCCCAGACGGAGGUGACGUGGUACAAGGACGGCAAGAAGCUGAGUGGGAGCUCAAAAGUGCGUGUGGAGGCCACGGGCUGCACCCGGCGGCUGGUGCUGCAGCAGGCGGCCAAGGGGGACAGCGGGGAGUACAGCUGCGAGGCCGGGGGCCAGAAGGUCACCUUCCAUCUGGAUGUCCCAGAUCCCAAGGUGGUGUUUGCCAAGGAGCAGUCUGCACACAGCGAGGUGAAGGCCAUGGCUGGGGCCAGUGCCACGCUGAGCUGCGAGGUGGCCCAGGCCCAGACAGAGGUGACGUGGUACAAGGAUGGCAAGAAGCUGAGUGGGAGCUCAAAAGUGCAUGUGGAGGCCACGGGCUGCACCCGGCGGCUGGUGCUGCAGCAGGCGGCCAAGGGGGACAGCGGGGAGUACAGCUGCGAGGCCGGGGGCCAGAAGGUCACCUUCCAUCUGGAUGUCCCAGAGCCCACGGUAGUGUUUGCCAAGGAGCAGUCUGCACACAGCGAGGUGAAGGCCAUGGCCGGGGCCAGUACCACGCUGAGCUGCGAGGUGGCCCAGGCCCAGACGGAGGUGACGUGGUACAAGGAUGGCAAGAAGCUGAGUGGGAGCUCAAAAGUGCGUGUGGAGGCCACGGGCUGCACCCGGCGGCUGGUGCUGCAGCAGGCGGCCAAGGGGGACAGCGGGGAGUACAGCUGCGAGGCCGGGGGCCAGAAAGUCACCUUCCAUCUGGAUGUCCCAGAGCCCAAGGUGGUGUUUGCCAAGGAGCAGUCUGCACACAGCGAGGUGAAGACCAUGGCCGGGGCCAGUGCCACGCUGAGCUGCGAGGUGGCCCAGGCCCAGACGGAGGUGACGUGGUACAAGGAUGGCAAGAAGCUGAGUGGGAGCUCAAAAGUGCGUGUGGAGGCCACGGGCUGCACCCGGCGGCUGGUGCUGCAGCAGGCGGCCAAGGGGGACAGCGGGGAGUACAGCUGCGAGGCCGGGGGCCAGAAGGUCACCUUCCAUCUGGAUGUCCCAGAGCCCAAGGAGGUGUUUGCCAAGGAGCAGUCUGCACACAGCGAGGUGAAGGCCAUGGCUGGGGCCAGUGCCACGCUGAGCUGCGAGGUGGCCCAGGCCCAGACAGAGGUGACGUGGUACAAGGAUGGCAAGAAGCUGAGUGGGAGCUCAAAAGUGCGUGUGGAGGCCACGGGCUGCACCCGGCGGCUGGUGCUGCAGCAGGCGGCCAAGGGGGACAGCGGGGAGUACAGCUGCGAGGCCGGGGGCCAGAAGGUCACCUUCCAUCUGGAUGUCCCAGAGCCCAAGGUGGUGUUUGCCAAGGAGCAGUCUGCACACAGCGAGGUGAAGGCCAUGGCUGGGGCCAGUGCCACGCUGAGCUGCGAGGUGGCCCAGGCCCAGACAGAGGUGACGUGGUACAAGGAUGGCAAGAAGCUGAGUGGGAGCUCAAAAGUGCGUGUGGAGGCCACGGGCUGCACCCGGCGGCUGGUGCUGCAGCAGGCGGCCAAGGGGGACAGCGGGGAGUACAGCUGCGAGGCCGGGGGCCAGAAGGUCACCUUCCAUCUGGAUAUCCCAGAGCCCAAGGUGGUGUUUGCCAAGGAGCAGUCUGCACACAGCGAGGUGAAGACCAUGGCUGGGGCCAGUGCCACGCUGAGCUGCGAGGUGGCCCAGGCCCAGACAGAGGUGACGUGGUACAAGGAUGGCAAGAAGCUGAGUGGGAGCUCAAAAGUGCGUGUGGAGGCCACGGGCUGCACCCGGCGGCUGGUGCUGCAGCAGGCGGCCAAGGGGGACAGCGGGGAGUACAGCUGCGAGGCCGGGGGCCAGAAGGUCACCUUCCAUCUGGAUGUCCCAGAGCCCAAGGUGGUGUUUGCCAAGGAGCAGUCUGCACACAGCGAGGUGAAGACCAUGGCCGGGGCCAGUGCCACGCUGAGCUGCGAGGUGGCCCAGGCCCAGACGGAGGUGACGUGGUACAAGGAUGGCAAGAAGCUGAGUGGGAGCUCAAAAGUGCGUGUGGAGGCCACGGGCUGCACCCGGCGGCUGGUGCUGCAGCAGGCGGCCAAGGGGGACAGCGGGGAGUACAGCUGCGAGGCCGGGGGCCAGAAGGUCACCUUCCAUCUGGAUGUCCCAGAGCCCAAGGAGGUGUUUGCCAAGGAGCAGUCUGCACACAGCGAGGUGAAGGCCAUGGCUGGGGCCAGUGCCACGCUGAGCUGCGAGGUGGCCCAGGCCCAGACAGAGGUGACGUGGUACAAGGAUGGCAAGAAGCUGAGUGGGAGCUCAAAAGUGCGUGUGGAGGCCACGGGCUGCACCCGGCGGCUGGUGCUGCAGCAGGCGGCCAAGGGGGACAGCGGGGAGUACAGCUGCGAGGCCGGGGGCCAGAAGGUCACCUUCCAUCUGGAUGUCCCAGAGCCCAAGGUGGUGUUUGCCAAGGAGCAGUCUGCACACAGCGAGGUGAAGGCCAUGGCUGGGGCCAGUGCCACGCUGAGCUGCGAGGUGGCCCAGGCCCAGACAGAGGUGACGUGGUACAAGGAUGGCAAGAAGCUGAGUGGGAGCUCAAAAGUGCGUGUGGAGGCCACGGGCUGCACCCGGCGGCUGGUGCUGCAGCAGGCGGCCAAGGGGGACAGCGGGGAGUACAGCUGCGAGGCCGGGGGCCAGAAGGUCACCUUCCAUCUGGAUAUCCCAGAGCCCAAGGUGGUGUUUGCCAAGGAGCAGUCUGCACACAGCGAGGUGAAGACCAUGGCUGGGGCCAGUGCCACGCUGAGCUGCGAGGUGGCCCAGGCCCAGACAGAGGUGACGUGGUACAAGGAUGGCAAGAAGCUGAGUGGGAGCUCAAAAGUGCGUGUGGAGGCCACGGGCUGCACCCGGCGGCUGGUGCUGCAGCAGGCGGCCAAGGGGGACAGCGGGGAGUACAGCUGCGAGGCCGGGGGCCAGAAGGUCACCUUCCAUCUGGAUGUCCCAGAGCCCAAGGUGGUGUUUGCCAAGGAGCAGUCUGCACACAGCGAGGUGAAGGCCAUGGCCGGGGCCAGUGCCACGCUGAGCUGCGAGGUGGCCCAGGCCCAGACGGAAGUGACAUGGUACAAGGAUGGCAAGAAGCUGAGUGGGAGCUCAAAAGUGCAUGUGGAGGCCACGGGCUGCACCCGGCGGCUGGUGCUGCAGCAGGCGGCCAAGGGGGACAGCGGGGAGUACAGCUGUGAGGCCGGGGGCCAGAAGGUCACCUUCCAUCUGGAUAUCCCAGAGCCCACGGUGGUGUUUGCCAAGGAGCAGUCUGCACACAGCGAGGUGAAGGCCAUGGCCGGGGCCAGUGCCACGCUGAGCUGCGAGGUGGCCCAAGCCCAGUCGGAGGUGACGUGGUACAAGGAUGGCAAGAAGCUGAGUGGGAGCUCAAAAGUGCGUGUGGAGGCCACGGGCUGCACCCGGCGGCUGGUGCUGCAGCAGGCGGCCAAGGGGGACAGCGGGGAGUACAGCUGCGAGGCCGGGGGCCAGAAGGUCACAUUUCGUCUAGAUGUCCCAGAGCCAGAGCCUGAGCCCCCAGCCCCAGAGAGACCCGACCGCAGGGGGCUAGUGGUGGUCAAAGAGCACGAGGACAUCGUCCUGACCGCCACGAUGGCCGCGCCCUCCGUGGCUGCGGUGACGUGGCUCAAGGACGGCGUGGAGAUCCGGCGCAGCAAGCGGCACCAGAUGGCCAGCCUGGGGGACACGCACACGCUGACGGUGCGGGGCGCGCAGACUCUGGACAGCGCGGUGUACAGCUGCCGCGUGGGCGCCGCGGCGCAGGACUUCCCGGUGCAGGUGGAAGAGGUGGCCGCCAGGUUCUGCCAGCCCCUGGAGCCGGUGAGCGGGGAGCUGGGCGGCACGGUGACGCUGGCCUGCGAGCUGAGCCCGGCGCAGGCCGAGGUGGUGUGGCGCUGCGGGAGCACGCAGCUGCGGGAGGGCAAGCGCUUCCAGAUGGCGGCCGAGGGGCCCCGGCGCUCCCUCACGGUGUCCGGCCUGCGGGCGGAGGAUGCGGGCGAGUACGUGUGCGAGAGCCGCGACGACCGCACCAGCGCCAGGCUCUCCGUCCGCGUCCCCCGCGAAGUCAAGUUCACGUCAGGCCUGAGCGCCGUGGUGGCGGAGGAGGGCCAGGAGGCCACCUUCCAGUGCGUGGUGAGCCCCGGCGACGUGGCGGUGCUGUGGUUCCGGGACGGCGCCCAGCUGCAGCCCAGCGAGCGGCUUCGGGUGGCGCAGAGCGGCGCCUGCCACAGCCUCACCAUCUCGGGGCUGGUCCUGGAGGACGCCGGCCAGAUCAGCGCCGAGGCUGAGGGGGUCACAUCCUCCGCUGCCCUCCGCGUACGAGAGGCUCCCGUGCUGUUCAAGAAGAAGCUGGAGCCGCAGACAGUGGAGGAGUGGGGCUCCGUGACCCUGGCGGUAGAGCUGACCAGGCCUUGGCCGGAUGUCAAGUGGACGCGCAAUGCCGCGGCCCUAUCCCCAAGCGAGAACGUGGCGAUCCACGCGGAGGGCGCCAGUCACCGCCUGGUCCUCCGCAGCGUGGGCUUCGCCGACCGCGGCUUCUACGGCUGUGAGACGCCAGAUGACAAGACACAGGCCAAGCUCACAGUACAAAUGCGCCAGGUGCAGCUCCUGCGGGGCCUGCACGCGGUGGAGGUGCAGGAGCAGGGCUCCACCGCCAUGGAGGUGGAGCUGUCCCACGCCGACGUAGAGGGCAGCUGGACCCGUGACGGGCUUCGGCUACAGCCGGGGCCCACGUGCCAGCUGGCAGUGCAAGGCCCCGUUCACACCCUCACGCUGUCGGAGCUGCGGCCACAGGAUGGGGGUCUCAUUGCCUUCAAGGCUCAAGGCGUGCACACAUCGGCGCGGCUGGUGGUAACGGAGCUGCCUGUGAGGUUCAGCCGCCCACUGCAGGACGUGGUGGCCACAGAGAAAGACAGAGUGACCCUGGAGUGUGAGCUGUCACGCCCCAAUGUGGACGUGCGCUGGCUGAAGGAUGGCGUGGAGCUGCAGGCUGGCAAGACAGUGGGUAUGGCAGCCAAGGGCACCUGCCGGACUCUCAUCAUUUACCAGUGUGCCUCUGGGGACCAGGGCGUGUAUGUGUGUGACGCCCACGAGGCUCAGACCUCGGCAUCCCUGAAGGUGCAAGGACGCAACAUCCAGAUCCUGAGGCCCCUGGAGGACGUGGAGGUGAUGGAGAAGGAGAGCGCCACCUUCUCCUGCGAGGUCUCCCAUGACGACGUGUCUGCUCAGUGGUUCCGGGUGGGCAGUAAGCUCCGGUCCAGUGACAACGUGCGCAUGCGCCAGGAAGGAAGGACACACACGCUCAUCUUCCGGAGGGUCCUGGUGGAAGAAGCAGGAGAAAUCCGGUUUGUAGCCGAAAAUGCAGAAUCUCGAGCCCAGCUCCGAGUGAGAGAACUGCCAGUGACCAUUCUGCGCCCCCUGCGGGACAAGAUCGCCAUGGAGAGGCACCGCGGGGUGCUUGAGUGCCAGAUGUCUCGGGCCAGCGCCCAGGUGCGGUGGUUCAAGGGCGGCGUGGAACUGCGGGCCGGGCCCAAGUACGAGAUGGUCAGCGAUGGCCUCUACCGCAAGCUGGUCAUCAGCGACGUGCAGCCGGAGGACGAGGACACCUAUACCUGCGACGCCGGCGAUGUGAAGACCUCUGCCCAGUUCUUCGUGGAAGAGCAAUCCAUCACCAUCGUGCGGGGCCUGCAGGACGUGACGGUUAUGGAGCCCGCCCCCGCCUGGUUCGAGUGCGAGACCUCCAUCCCCUCAGUGCGGCCGCCCAAGUGGCUGCUGGGGAAGACGCCGCUGCAGGCGGGGAAGGACGUGGGCAUAGAGCAGGAAGGCACGGUGCACCGGCUGGCGCUGCGGCGCACCUGCUCCACCAUGACCGGGCCGGUGCACUUCACCAUCGGCAAGUCGCGCACCACCGCCCAGCUGGUGGUCUCAGACAUCCCCGUGGUGCUGACGAGGCCGCUGGAGCCCAAAGCGGGCCGCGAGCUGCAGUCCGUGGUGCUGUCCUGCGACUUCAAGCCGCCGCCCAAGGCCGUGCAGUGGUACAAGGAGGACACGCCGCUGGUGGCCUCGGACAAGUUCAGGAUGCGCCUGGAGGGCCACAUGGCGGAGCUGCGCGUGCUGCGGCUCACGCCCGCCGAUGCCGGCGUCUACCGGUGCCAGGCCGGCAACGCCCAGAGCUGCGCCCAGGUCACCGUGGAAGCGCGGGAGGUGACGGUGACGCAGCCGCUGCAGGACGCGGAGGCCGCGGAGGAGGGCCGCGCCUGCUUCUCCUGCGAGCUCUCCCACGAGGAUGAGGAGGUGGAGUGGUCGCUCAACGGGACGCCCCUCUACAACGACAGCUUCCACGACAUCUCCCACGAGGGCCGCCGCCACACGCUGGUGCUGAAGCGGGUCAGGCGGGGGGACGCGGGCACCGUGCGCGUCUCCUCCCCCAAGGUGACGGCCACUGCCCGCCUGGAGGUCAGAGCGAAGCCGGCGGUGUUCCUGAAGGCGCUGGACGACGUGUCGGCUGUGGAGCAGAGCGCCCUGACCCUGCAGUGCGAGGUCUCCGACCCCCAGGCGGGCGUGGUGUGGCGCAAGGACGGCGUGGAGCUGGGCCCCAGCGACAAGUACGACUUCCUGCACACGGCGGGCACGCGUGGGCUGGUGGUCCACGACCUGAGCCUGGACGACGCGGGCCUGUACACCUGCCACUUGGGCGCCGAGGAGACCUGCGCGCAUGUCAGUGUGCACGACCUGCACGUGGGCAUCACCAAGAGGCUGAAGAACGUGGAGGUGCUCGAGGGUGAGAGCUGCAUCUUCGAGUGCAUCCUGUCCCAUGAGGACACGGGUGACACUGCCACCUGGACCGUUGGCGGGAAGACAGUGGGCGGCUCAGACCGCUUCCGGGCUGCCCGCCAGGGCCGGAAGUACACCCUGGCCGUGCGAGAGGCGCUGCCGAGCGACUCCGGGGAGGUGGUCUUCUCUGUGCGCGGCCUCACCUCCAAGGCCUCGCUCCUCGUCCGAGAAAGGCCGGCGGACAUCACGAAGCCUUUGGAAGACCAGCGGGCGGUGGUGGGGGAGGAUGCGACGCUGAGCUGUGAGCUGUCACGGGGGGACUCCCCGGUGCGCUGGCUGAAGGACGGGAAAGUCAUUCGCAAGAGUCAGAAGUAUGACCUGCUCAGCGAGGGCACGCGGGCCGUGCUGGUCGUCCAUGCGGCCUCGCUCAAAGAUUCCGGAGAAUACACGUGUGAGACGGAGGUCUCCACGAGCACAGCCAGGCUCCGCGUGGAAGAAAAGCCAAACCGGUUCACCGAGGAGCUGGCUGACCUGCAGGUGGAGGAAAAAGGCGUGGCUGUGUUUACCUGCAAGACCGAGCGCCCUGCAGCCACGGUGACCUGGAGAAAGGGCCUCUCUGAGCUGCGCGCCUCGAGGAAGCAUGCACCCAGCCAGGAGGGCGUGACCUUGAGGCUCACCAUCAGUGCCCUGGAGAAGGCAGACAGCGACACGUACUCCUGCGACAUUGGCCAGGCAAGGUCCCAGGCUCGGCUCGCGGUGCAAGGUCAGAGAGUGCUCAUCACAGAGGACCUGAAGGACGCUGAGGUGCAGGAGGGCUCCUCAGUCACCUUCAGCUGCCGUGUCUCCCCUGCUGACUACGAGCCUGUCUACUGGUUCCUGGACAAAACGCCUCUGCACCCCAAUGAGCUCAACGGGAUUGAGACCCAACCGGGUGGCUACCACGUGCUCACCCUGCGGGAGCUUGGGCUCAAAGACUCGGGCACUGUCUACUUCGAAGCGGGCGACCAGCGGUCCUCGGCCACCCUGCGGGUCACAGAGAAGCCAAGUGUCUUCUCCCAGGAGCUCACGGAUGCCAUAAUCAUGGAGGGGGAGGAUCUGACCCUGGUCUGCGAGACCACUGUCCCGGACAGCCCUGUGCAUUGGACCAAGGAUGGGAAAACCCUGCGGGGGUCGGCCCGGUGCCAGCUGAGCCGUGAGGGCCACCGAGCCCAGCUGGUCAUCACGGGCACCACCCUGCAGGAUGGCGGGCGCUACAAGUGUGAGGCCGCAGGUGCCUGGAGCAGCUCCAUCGUCAGGGUCCACGCGCGGCCGGUGCACUUCCGGGAGGGCCUGAAGGACGCGGAGGUGCUGGAGGGCGGUGCUGCCACCCUGCGCUGCCAGCUGUCCUCGGUGGCCGCGCCCGUGGAGUGGCGCUGCAGAGAUGAGGUCCUGCGGCCGGGAGGCAAGUACAGGAUGCGGCAGGAGGGCACCUUGCUGGAGCUGGUGGUCCGGGACUUGCAGCCCGGCGACAGCGGGCAGUACGUCUGUUGCUUCGGGGACCAGACAACCUCAGCCACGCUCACCGUGAAGGCCCUGCCUGCCGAGUUCAUAGGAAGACUGAGGAGCAAGGAGGCCACGGAAGGGGCCGUGGUAACGCUGCGCUGCGAGCUGAGCAAGGAGGCCCCCGUGGAGUGGAGGAAGGGGCCCGAGACCCUCAGAGCUGGGGACAGAGUCAGCCUGAGGCAGGAAGGGGCCGUGUGUGAGCUGGAGAUCCGUGGCCUCGUGGUGGCGGAUGCCGGGGAGUACUCGUGCGUGUGUGGGCAGGAGAGGACGUCGGCCACACUGACCGUCAAAGUCCUGCCUGCCGAGUUCAUAGGAAGACUGAGAAGCAAGGAGGCCACGGAAGGGGCCACAGCCACACUGCGCUGCGAGCUGAACAAGGCGGCCCCCGUGGAGUGGAGGAAGGGGCUGGAGACCCUCAGAGCUGGGGACAGAGUCAGCCUGAGGCAGGAAGGGGCCGUGUGUGAGCUGGAGAUCCGUGGCCUCGUGGUGGCGGAUGCCGGGGAGUACUCGUGCGUGUGUGGGCAGGAGAGGACGUCGGCCACACUGACCGUCAAGGCUCUGCCUGCGAAGUUCACAAAGGAUUUGAGAAAUGAAGAGGCCACCGAAGGGACCACAGCCACACUUCUCUGCGAGUUGAGCAAGGAGGCACCCGUGGAGUGGAGAAAGGGGCUUCAGACCCUCAGAGCUGGGGACAGAGUCAGCCUGAGGCAGGAAGGGGCUGUGUGUGAGCUUGAGGUCCGUGGCCUCAUGGUGGUGGAUGCCGGGGAGUACUCGUGCGUGUGCGGGCAGGAGAGCACGUCGGCCACACUGACCAUCAAGGCCCUGCCCGCCAAGUUCACAAAGGGUCUGAAAAAGGAAGAGGCCAUGGAAGGGGCCACAGCUACACUGCGCUGCGAGCUGAGCAAGACAGCCCCCGUGGAGUGGAGGAAGGGGAUGGAGACUCUCAGAGCUGGGGACAGAAUCAGCCUGAGGCAGGAUGGGGCCGUGUGUGAGCUGGAGAUCCGUGGCCUCGUGGUGGCGGAUGCCGGGGAGUACUCAUGCGUGUGCGGGCAGGAGAGCACGUCGGCCACACUGACCAUCAAGGCCCUGCCUGCGAAGUUCACAAAGAUUCUGAGGAAGGAAGAGGCCACAGAAGGGGCCGUGGUAAUGCUGCGCUGUGAGCUGAGCAAGGCCGCUCCCGUGGAGUGGAGGAAGGGGCUGGAGACCCUCAGAGCAGGGGACAGAGUCAGCCUGAGGCAGGAAGGGGCCGUGUGUGAGCUGGAAAUUUGUGGCCUGAUGUUGGCAGAUGCCGGGGAGUACUCGUGCGUGUGCGGGCAGGAGAGCACGUCGGCCAUGCUGACCAUCAGGGCCCUGCCCGCCAAGUUCACAAAGGGUCUGAGGAAGGAAGAGGCCAUGGAAGGGGCCACAGCUACACUGCGCUGCGAGCUGAGCAAGACGGCCCCCGUGGAAUGGAGGAAGGGGAUGGAGACUCUCAGAGCUGGGGACAGAAUCAGCCUGAGGCAGGAUGGGGCCAUGUGUGAGCUGGAGAUCCGCAACCUCCUGGUGGCAGAUGCCGGGGAGUACUCAUGCGUGUGCGGGCAGGAGAGCACACUGGCCACGCUGACCGUCAGGGCCCUUCCCGCAAAGUUCAUGAAGAGUCUGAGGAAGGAAGAGGCCAUGGAAGGAGCCACAGCCACACUGCACUGCGAGCUGAGCAAGGAGGCCCCUGUGGAGUGGAGGAAGGGGCCCGAGACCCUCAGAGUUGGGGACAGAAUCAGCCUGAGGCAGGAUGGGGCAGUGUGUGAGCUGGAGAUCCGCGGCCUCGUGGUGGCGGAUGCCGGGGAGUACUCAUGCGUGUGCGGGCAAGAGAGCACGUCGGCCACACUGACCAUCAAGGCCCUGCCCGCGAAGUUCACAAAGAUCCUGAGGAAGGAAGAGGCCACGGAAGGGGGCACAGCCACACUGCGCUGUGAGCUGAGCAAGACAGCCCCCGUGGAGUGGAGGAAGGGGCUGGAGACCCUCAGAGCUGGGGACAGAAUCAGCCUGAGGCAGGAAGGGGCCGUGUGUGAGCUGGAGAUCCGUGGCCUCGUGGUGGCGGAUGCCGGGGAGUACUCGUGCGUGUGCGGGCAGGAGAGGACAUCGGCCACACUGACCAUCAGGGCCCUGCCCGCCAAGUUCACAAAGGGUCUGAGGAAGGAAGAGGCCAUGGAAGGAGCCACAGCCACACUGCACUCCGAGCUGAGCAAGACGGCCCCCGUGGAAUGGAGGAAGGGGAUGGAGACUCUCAGAGCUGGGGACAGAAUCAGCCUGAGGCAGGAUGGGGCCGUGUGUGAGCUGGAGAUCCGUGGCCUCGUGGUGGCGGAUGCUGGGGAGUACUCAUGCGUGUGCGGGCAGGAGAGCACGUCGGCCACACUGACCAUCAAGGCCCUGCCCGCGAAGUUCACAAAGAUCCUGAGGAAGGAAGAGGCCACGGAAGGGGGCACAGCCAAACUAAGCUGCGAACUGAGCAAGGUGGCCCCCGUGGAGUGGAGGAAAGGGCUGGAGACCCUCAGAGCUGGGGACAGAAUCAGCCUGAGGCAGGAUGGGGCCGUGUGUGAGCUGGAGAUCAGUGGCCUCAUGGUGGCGGAUGCCGGGGAGUACUCGUGCGUGUGCGGGCAGGAGAGCACGUCGGCCACACUGACUGUCAAGGCCCCGCCAUCGGUAUUCAGGGAGCCCUUGCAGAACCUGCAGGCUGAGGAAGGCACAGAGGCUAGCCUGCGAUGUGAGCUGUGCGAGCCCAGGGCUGUGGUCUGGAGCAAGGGUGGCCUGGAGGUGCAGGCCGACGGGCACCGGGAGCCACGGCAGCAGGGCUGCCUGGUGGAGCUGGUGCUGCGGGACCUGCGCUGGGAAGAUGCGGGCGAGUACACCUGCACCUGUGGCUCCCAGGCCACCAGUGCCACCGUCACCGUCACAGCUGCACCUGUGCGGUUCCUCCGGGAACUGCAGGCUCAGGAGGUGGAUGAGGGUGGGACAGCACGCCUGUGCUGCGAGCUGAGCCGGGCAGGCGCCAGUGUGGAGUGGCGCAAGGGCUUGCUGCAGCUCUUCCCCUGCGCCAAGUACCAGAUGGUUCAGGAGGGCGUGACCGUAGAGCUGCUGGUGCAUGAUGCAGAGCAGGAGGACGCCGGACACUACACCUGUGACACAGGCCACGCACAGAGCACUGCCAGACUCUCAGUUCGUGCUCCCAGGCCCAUGUUCCAGGCUGAGCUGCAGGACGCAGAGCAGGAGGUGGGCAGCCUGGCCCGGCUGUGCUGCCAACUGAGUGAGGUGGAGCCUGGGGCCCGUGUGCAGUGGCUCAAGGAGGGUGUGGAGCUGCACACUGGCUCCAAGUACGAGAUUCGUCACCAGGGGACCACGUGUGAACUGCUGAUCCACGGGGUCGAAGCCAAGGACUCGGGCCAGUAUGCCUGUGUGGUGGGUGGCCAGAAAACCGUGGCUUCUGUCAAGGUCAGAGCCCCCCAGGUGACCAUUCUGGAGCCCCUGCAGGAUGUGCAGCUCAGUGAGGGCCAGGACGCCCACUUCCGAUGCCGGCUGUCCAGGGCCUCUGGCCAGGAGGUUCGCUGGGCCUUGGGAGGAGUGCCCCUGCAGGCCAAUGAAAUGAAUGACAUUACAGUGGAGCAAGGCACUCUCCACACGCUCACUCUACACAAGGUGACCCUCGAGGAUGUUGGAACCAUCAGUUUCCAGGUGGGCUCAUGUAGCUCAGAGGCCCAGCUGAAGGUCACAGCCAAGAACACAGUGGUGCGUGGCCUGGAGAACGUGGAGGUGCCCGAGGGGGGCGAAGCACUGUUCGAGUGCCACCUGUCCCUGCCGGAGGUGGCCGCGCACACCUGGCUGCUGGAUGACCAGCCCGUGUCCAGCUCGGAGAACGCCGAGGUGGUCUACUUCGAGAACGGCCUGCGGCACCUGCUGCUGCUCAAAAACCUGCGGCCUCAGGACAGCUGCCGGGUGACCUUCCUGGCUGGGGACGUGGUGACCUCUGCGUUCCUCACCGUCAGAGGCUGGCGCCUGGAGGUCCUGGAGCCCCCGAGGGACGCGGCCGUGGGCGCAGGGAGGCAGGCCCACUUCAGCUGCACGCUCAGCGAGGCGGUGCCCGUGGGCGAGGCCACCUGGUACAUCAACGGGGCCGCCGUGCAGCCGGACGAUGAGGACUGGACGGUGACCGCGGACGGCAGCCACCACACGCUGCUGCUGCGCCGCGCCCGGCCGCACCACGCGGGCGAGGUCACCUUCGCCGCCCGCGACGCCGUGGCCUCCGCGCGGCUCACCGUGCUGGGCCUCCCGGACCCCCCGGAGGACGCCGAGGUGGUGGGGCGCAGUGACCGCUCUGUGACGCUGUCCUGGGUGGCCCCCGCCAGCGACGGCGGUGGUGGCCUCCGUGGCUACCGGGUGGAGAUGAAGCCGUCGGCCACUGGGGAGUGGCAGCUGUGCCACGAGCUGGUGUCCGAGCCCGAGUGCGUGGUGGACGGCCUGGCCCCUGGGGAGACCUACCGCUUCCGCGUGGCGGCCGUGGGCCCCGCGGGCGCCGGGGAGCCCGUGCACCUGCCCCAGACAGUGAGGCUCGCAGAGGCCCCGGAACCUGCGCCCGCGCCCCGCGCCCUGGAGAGCCGGCAGGUGGCGCCCGGCCAGGACCUGCGUCUGGAAUGUGAGGUGCCCGAGGCUGGAGAGGUCGUCUGGCUGAAGGGCACGGAGCGCAUCCAGCCCGGGGGCCGCUUCCAGGUUCUCUGCCAGAGUGGGCGGCAGACGCUGGUGAUCCGGGGCUUCUCGGCGGAGGACCAGGGCGAGUACCGCUGCGGCCCUGCCAGGGAUCCCGUCUCUGCCUCUGCCAGGGCCUUCCAGGUGGUGCUGACCCCAGGAUCCAGAGAGGAGGUCCCUGCACAGCCCAGCCUGCCCCCCGAGGCGGCCCAGGAGGGUGACCUGCACCUGCUGUGGGAGGCGCUGGCUCGGAAGCGCCGCAUGAGCCGGGAGCCCACGCUGGACUCCAUCAGCGAGCUGCCUGAGGUGGACGGGCGCCAUCAGCGCCUGCGGCAGGAGACGGAGGACCUGGCCCCGGACCUGUCUGAGGACUACUCCACCGCCGACGAGCUGGCACGCACUGGUGAGGCCGACCUCUCACACACCAGCUCUGACGACGAGUCCCGGGCGGGCACUCCUUCCCUGGUCACCUACCUCAAGAAGGCUGGGAAGCCUGGCACCUCGCCACUGGCCAGUCAGGGUGGGGCUCCAGCAGUCCCAUCGGGAAAGCUGCAGAAGCAGCCAAAACAGCCUGCUACAGUGAGCCCACCGCCAGGAGACCUGACUAUUGAGGACCUCAGCGACCCAUCUCUGGACAAGGCGGCCAUGAAGAUCCAGGCUGCCUUCAAGGGUUACAAGGUGCGGAAGGAGAUGAAGCAGCAGGAGGGGCCUGUGUUCCGGAGCACGUUUGGCGACACCGAGGCACAGGUGGGGGACAUCUUGCGUCUGGAGUGUGUGGUGUCCAGCAAGGCAGACGUGCAAGCUCGUUGGAUGAAGGACGGUGUGGAGCUGACGGACGGCAGGCACCACCACAUUGACCAGCUCAGGGACGGCACCUGUGUUCUGCUGGUCACUGGCGUGGGCCACGCCGAUGCGGGCUGCUACACCUGCCAGGUGAGCAGCAAGUUUGGCUGCACGGUCCACAGCGCCCACGUGGCGGUCAGCGGGACGGAGAGUGAGGCCGAGAGCUCCUCUGGCGGAGAAGUGGACGACACCUUCCGCCGGGCAGCCCGGCGGCUGCACCGCCUCUUCCGCACUAAGGGCUCCACCGAGGUUUCCGAGGAGGAGAUCUUCCUGAGCGCCGACGAGGGCUCGGGGGAGCCUGCGCAGCCUGGGGACUGGCAGACGUACCGCGAGGAUGAGCACUUGGUUUGCAUCCGCUUUGAGGCCCUGGCCGAGGCCCGUCGGGCGGCCACCCACUUCCAGGAGAUGUUCAACAUGCUAGGCAUUGGGGUGGACAUCAGCCUCUCAGAGCAGGGACCCCGGGGGGUGGAGGUACGCAUCGCCAAGGUGGCCCUUGCCCCCACAGCGCCUUCAGAGCCAGUGCCCAGCUCGCGGACCACAGAGGCUGCCCCAGUGUUCCUGACUGAGCUGCAGAAUCAGGAGGUGCUGGACGGGUACCCUGUGAGCUUCGACUGUGUGGUGACAGGCCAGCCCGUGCCCAGCGUGCGCUGGUUCAAGGAUGGGAGGAUCCUGGAGGAGGAUGACCACUACAUGAUCAGCGAUGACCAGCAGGGCGGCCACCAGCUCAUCAUCACUGCUGUGGUGCCUGCAGACAUGGGUGUCUACCGCUGUCUGGCUGAGAACAGCAUGGGCGUGUCCUCCACCAAGGCUGAGCUCCGCGUGGACUUGACCAGCACUGACUAUGACACUGCUGCGGAUGCCACCGAGACCUCGUCCUACUUCAGCGCCCAAGGCUACCAGUCCAGUCGCGAGCAGGAGGGUGCAGAGUCUACGUCGGAAGAGGGACAAUUGCCCCAGGUGGUGGAGGAGCUGAAAGACCUCCAGGUGGCCCCCGGCACACGCCUGGCCAAGUUCCAGCUCAAGGUGAAAGGCUACCCGGCGCCCCGCCUGUACUGGUUCAAAGAUGGGCAGCCCCUGACUGCUUCUGCGCACAUCCGCAUGGUGAACAAGAAGACGCUGCACAGCCUGGAGAUCCUCUCGGUCACCAGCGAGGAUGCCGGCCAGUACUCCGCCUACAUCAGCAACUCCGUGGGCGCCGCCUACUCCUCUGCCCAGCUGCUGGUCCAAGGCCCUAAUGACCCAGAAAAGAAGCCGGCGGCAGCAGAUGUGCAGCAGCAGCUGGUGCCACCCCGCUUCCUGGAGAAGUUCACCUCUAAGAAGGUGAAGAAGGGCUCCAGCAUUACCUUCUCUGUGAAGGUCAAAGGGCUCCCCGCCCCCACGGUGCACUGGCUGCGGGAGGAGGCGGAGCAGGUGCUGUGGAUCGGCCAGGACACCCCGGGCUACACGGUGGCCAGCUCAGCACAGCAGCACAGCCUGGUCCUGCUGGACGUGGGCGCACAGCACCAGGGCACCUACACCUGCAUCGCGUCCAACGCUGCCGGCCAGGCCCUCUGCUCCGCCAGCCUGCAUGUCUCUGGCUUGCCCAAGGAGGUGGGACCAGUGGGAGAGGUGAAGGAGGCCCUCAUCUCUACCUUUCUUCAGGGGACCAAAGCCAUCUCGGAACAGAUGCCUGUGGAUUUCAGCAGCCUGGCUGGGCAGAAAGGAGAGCCGCUGGCAGCCGAGGCCCAUGGCCACCUGACCCUGGCUGAGGUGGGCACGGAGGAGUUCCUGCAGAAGCUGACCUCACAGAUCACGGAGAUGGUGUCGGCCAAGAUCACCCAGGCCAAGCUACAGGUGCCUGGAGGUGACAGUGACGAGGAGUCCAAGACACCGUCUGCCUCUCCCCGUCAUGGCCGCUCUCGCCCCUCCUCCAGCGUCCAGGAGUCGUCCUCGGAGUCGGAAGAUGGAGACUCCCGGGGGGAGAUCUUUGACAUCUACGUGGUCACCGCCGACUACCUGCCCCUGGGGGCCGAGCAGGACGCCAUCUCGCUGCGGGAGGGCCAGUACGUGGAGGUGCUGGACUCGGCCCACCCUCUGCGCUGGCUGGUGCGGACCAAGCCCACCAAGUCCAGCCCCUCGAGGCAGGGCUGGGUGUCCCCCGCCUAUCUGGACAGGCGGCUCAAGCUGUCUCCCGAGUGGGGGCCCACAGAGGCCCCCGAGUUCCCUAGGGAGGCCGUGUCUGAGGAUGAGUACAGGAUGCGGUUGAGCUCCAUCGUCCAGGAGCUGCUGAGCUCUGAGCAGGCCUUCGUGGGCAAGCUGCAGUUCCUGCAGAGCCACCACAUGCAGCACCUGGACCACUGCCCCCACGUGCCGGCCGCGGUGGCCAGCCAGAAGGCCGUCAUCUUCCGCAACGUGCAGGACCUCGGCCAGUUCCACAACAGCUUCCUGCAGGAGCUGCAGAGCUGCGAGACAGAUGACGACGUGGCCAUGUGCUUCCUCAAGAACCAGGAGGCCUUCGAGAAGUAUCUGGAGUUCCUGGUGGGCCGGGUGCAGGCCGAGUCGGUGGUGGUCAGCACGGCCGUGCAGGAGUUCUACAAGAAAUACUCGGAGGAGGUGCUGUCGGCCACGGACCCCUCGCAGCCGCCCCCGCCGCCGCUGCAGCACUUCCUGGAGCAGCCGGUGCAGCGGGUGCAGCAGUACCAGGCUCUGCUCAAGGAGCUGAUCCGCAACAAGGCGCGGAACCGGCAGAACUGCGCGCUGCUGGAGCAGGCCUACGCCGUGGUGUCCGCCCUGCCGCAGCGGGCCGAGAACCAGCUGCACGUGUCGCUCAUGGAGAACUACCCGGGCACCCUGGAGGCCCUGGGCGAGCCCAUUCGCCAGGGCCACUUCAUCGUGUGGGAGGGGGCACCGGGCGCACGGAUGCCCUGGAAGGGCCACCACCGCCACGUCUUCCUGUUCCGCAACCACCUGGUGGUCUGCAAGCCCAAGAGGGACUCCCACACCGACACCUUCAGCUACGUGUUCCGGAACAUGAUGAAGCUGAGCAGCAUCGACCUGAACGAGCAGGUGGAGGGGGAUGACCGCGCCUUCGAGGUGUGGCACGAGCGGGAGGACUCGGUGCGCAAGUACCUCCUGCAGGCCCGGACUGUCAUCACCAAGAACGCGUGGGUGAAGGAGAUCUGCGGCAUCCAGCAGCGCCUGGCCCUCCCCGUCUGGCGGCCCCCGGAUUUCGAGGAAGAGCUGGCCGACUGCACAGCCGAGCUGGGUGAAACCGUCAAGCUGGCCUGCCGUGUGACGGGCACGCCCAAGCCCAUCGUCAGCUGGUACAAAGAUGGAAAGCCAGUGGACGUGGACCCUCACCACAUCCUCAUUGAAGACCCCGAUGGCUCGUGCACGCUCAUCCUGGACAAUCUGACCAGUGCGGACUCCGGCCAGUACAUGUGUUUUGCGGCCAGCGCUGCCGGCAAUGCCAGCACCCUGGGCAAGAUCCUGGUGCAGGUCCCCCCGAGGUUUGUGAACAAGGUCCGGGCAGUGCCUUUCGUGGAAGGAGAGGACACCCAGGUCACCUGCACCAUCGAAGGGGCCCCACACCCUCAGAUCAGGUGGUACAAGGAUGGGGUCCUCCUGACCUCUGGUGGCAAGUACCGGACCCUGAGUGAGCCACGCAGUGGCCUGCUGGUGCUGGAGAUCCGGGAGGCCAGCAAGGAGGACCUUGGCCAUUAUGAGUGUGAGCUGGUGAACCGGCUGGGCUCCGCACGCGACGGCGUGCAGCUGUGCCUGCAAGGCCCUACCCUGCAGGCCAGGGAACGCCGCCGGGAGCACGUGGCUGUGGUGGAAGUCACUGAGCAGGAGACUAAAGUCCCCAAGAAAACCGUCAUCAUAGAGGAGACCAUCACCACCGUGGUGAAGAGCCCCCGUGGCCGCCGCAAGUCCCCCAGCAAGUCUCCCUCCCUCUCACCUUCCCGGCGCCGUGCCAGUUCGCCCAGGUCAGGCCUGUCGGCCCCUGAGCUGCUGCAUUCACCAGGGGCUGCCCAACUCCGCAGGCCUGGCGAGGAGCCAGGCUGGAAGCCCCCUGUGCCCACGCUGUACGUGACAGAGCCCGGAGCCCACACGCCCAGGGGCGCGGGGCCCAGGUCGAAGUGGGUGGAGGUCGAGGAGACCAUCGAGGUCCAGGUGAAGAAGACAGGCUCCAGGGGUGCCUCUCCCGCUAGAGAGGCGCCGGGCAGCUCGGCGGGGCUCCUCUUCACGCUUCCCGGAGGGACCCCCGGAGGAGACCCCAACACAAACAACUCCAACAACAAGCUGCUGGCCCAGGAGCCCCUGAGCCAGGGCCGAGUCUUCUGUGCGGACGCCGAAGAGGAGGUGCCCCCGGAGGUGCAGGAGGGGAGAGGUGUCCCCCUGAUGGAGGAGCCCCUGGGCGCCGAGGACUUUCGGGGCUAUGACCCCAAGAUCCUCACACGUGACGGCUGUGCGCUGACCCUGGCUGACCUGGAGGAUUACACGCCCCAGGAAGGGGAGACCUUCGGCUGCAGCAGCCCCAGGCCCAGUGUCGCCGACGACCCGCCCUGCGAGGUCUCGGUGCUCCAGAGAGAGAUCGGCGAGCCCACGGUGGGACAGCCUGUCCUGCUGGACGUGUGGCCCCCGCCAGGCCCCCGAGGCCCACCUGGCUUCUUCAGCCGCUUGCCCCAGGGGACCGCCCUGCCGAGGCCCCAGGUCCUCCGCCCUGUUGGGGUCUCCCGGGCUAGGGGGGCCACAUCCUUCUGCACCCAAGUCCAUCGCUCUGAGGACAGUGGCCAGAGCAGCUUCAAAACGGAGGUGUGCACCCACACGGUAGUGGGUGAGACAGUCACCCUGCACCUUCGGCCCGACGGGGAUGAGGGCCCCAGUCCCUCCCAGGACUGAGGCUGCCACCCUCGACCCUAAGGGCACACGCGGCUAGGGGGUGAGACAUGGACCCUCUCGAAGCCAGUUUACUGCUGACGCGGCUGCAUGAGAGCAGCAGAAAGAGGGGCAUGGCCUUGGGGCCGAGGACCCUGCCUGGCACCAGCACCUACCUGCUUCACAGCUGCCGUGGGUUUUGAGCUCAGGAGAGGGCCCUGAAGCCAGCACCUCAGGACAUGUGCUCUGACCACCCCCUGCUCUCUAGCAGCUCAGGACUUCAGCUGCCUGUCCCCCCGGGGUCUUCAGCUGAGGACACUGUCCGCACAGCCGUAACCGAUUACUGAGCGCUGGGGUGGGGUGGGGGGCAAAGCAGCAGGUAGACUCGGUCUGGGCUGUGGCCUCCCACUCUCUGCUGUGGCACACCCCUGCCCCACGCCCCAUCUCAGUGGGGGCUUUAGGGGGGACAUCUUCCCAUGGACACUCCUCCCAGCCCCAGGAAGGCCCGCUGGGUGCCCUCUGCAGACUUUCCAGGCCUCCCUGCAGCAUGGGCCAGGGUCCGGGGUGGGAAGCAGCCCCUGCUUGGUUGACUCCGUGAUGAUAAUAAACUGGCUCCCGCACCCUGUA